AUGAGUCGGCUAGACCACGGUGAUACCACGGCCUCACAGAAAACUGGCGUGAAACAACCACAGCGUUGUGUUUUGCCGUCGACAUGGUCGCAGGCUGAUUCGAAACGACAUAAGAAAGAGGCGACGGCAUCAUCCGAUUUCCCCUCAGGCAGCACGCUUUGGGCUGCAAGUCUGUCAUGUGACUCCUGUGGAAGUGAGUGCGCGUCAGCCUGCGGCACCAGGCAUUUUAGAUCAUGCUGCUUCAACUACCUUAGGAAGAAAAGGGGACCUGAUACUGUGAAGUUUUUGGCGCCAAAUCAAGAAAAUUUGAAAGAAACUCAACCUCGUUCGAAAUUACCAAUGUUCGUCGUCGAAAACAUCCCAGUGCCAGAACAGUGGAUCUCCAACCUGUUGUCCAACGAAAACCAUCCUUACUCAAUAGAUGAUAUGGUCGAAAAUCGAAUGUAUGACGCUUAA